UGGCCCGGGACACCCGACCUCUGCGCCCGCAGCGCCCGUCCCCUUUGCCAGACUCAGCGCAGCGGCUGUAAGAGAGAGAGAGAAAAAUCCUCCGCCUCCGGCUCCGAGGCGAGGAAACGUCCGGAGCAGUCGAACACCAGAGGCGUUUGUAGUCCAUGGCGACUUCUGCUGCUGCAUCUGCUGCUCUACUCAUCCCCAGCUGGCGAGCUCCCGCCGCGCUGUCCGAGAGGAGGUUUCCCCAUGCGGUUUCUAGGCGGACGACGGGGAAGGGAAGGGGAGCGGCGGGGGUCGUGCGAGCUUGCUUCAAUCCUCUCGGCGACGAGCGCAUCCUCCGAGAAGCCAUCAAGGAGCCAGUGGCAUUCAUGGGUGGUGUGUUUGCUGGCCUCUUGAGGCUUGACCUGAAUGAGGAUCCUCUCAAGGAAUGGCUCACUCGAACAGUAGAGGCUUCUGGAAUAGCUGAGGAGAACAGUGAAGAAUCAAGUGAGGGGGGUGAAAAUGAUGCACCUCAACUAAUUGAGAUUGAGUGAGGUGCAUUGGCUACCUUUUGCCCCACUUUACAUCUGUCUUUGUAACUUAUCCUGAAUGUUUGUAGUACCUGAGUCGUCAAAUGUUUGCUCCAAAUUUUAUGUGCUAAUAUUGUUUUUAAGUCAAAAUAUUGGGUCAGCAUUGAUACCAAACAUUGCCCCCUGCUUUUGUGCUACUGCUCCUGUUUCAUAAUAUUAGGCCUCAUUCCUCUA